AUGGAUGGGCAUGAUUGGGCGAUAGUUCAACUACAGCGACCACUUAUUUUCAACGAUACAGUUCUACCGAUUUGUCUACCUGUACCAGGACAGCCAAUCCAAGAAUUCCUGACAAUUUUCGGCUGGGGACGAUCCAAUGUGUUCUACGACAGCGGUCCGCUGCUUCGGGAGACUCCAAUGAGACUGGAUCGUAAAUGCAGAGCGCCCUGGAGUGAUGACAUGCCAACGAACGUGUCCGAUUAUAUUUGCACCAAAUCACUGAGACCAGAUGACUACGAAUCGGCACGCACUUGUCAUGGUGAUAGUGGGUCAGGAAUGCAACAGAAGGACAGAAACGGAAUUGCCACUCUGAUCGGCAUUACGUCGUUUGGAACAAAAGGCUGUCCACCAAACGAAUUGGCCAGAUUUACGCGAGUCGAUCGGUACCUCUAUGAAAUUUGCGUUACUACUGGUGUUUGCUAUUCAUUCGAGUGA